AUGUACAAGACUAAGUUACAGGAGUUGUGCCAUGGGAGGCAAUUUGGUUUGCCAAGAUACUCAGCCAUGAAAGAUGGACCUGAUCACAACCCUCGAUUCAAGGCUUGUGUUUCUGUCAAUGGCCUCACUUUUGAUUCUUCUGCUUCUUGCAAAUCUUCAAAGGAAGCCCAUAAUGAUGCUGCCAAGAUUGCCUUCCUUCACUUCUCUUCUCCCCCACCUCCAAGUUCCUCCAUGACUCCUGACCCUCUAGCUGUUGGACAAGAAACUAAGGAAACAUCUCAGGAACUUAAUGGUCAUUCAAGUUUUUCGGCUCCUGAAAAUGAUGCUUUAAUCUCAGGUGGUGAGCCAAAUGCUGGGGGAAAAAGUAUAAAAGAAACAAGUCAAGGAUCUGAUAUUCAAUCCCUUACUUUGGGUGUCAAAGAUUUGCCUUUGAAGUACAAGAGCCACCUGCAGAACUAUGCUCGACGGAAAAAUUGCGAUUUCCCAAUGUACUCCAACACAUGUGAGGGUCCCUCUCAUGCUCCUUGCUUCAAGGCUACUGUCACAGUUGACGGACAUACCUUUGAGAGCCCAGAGUUCUUCACUACUUUGAAGCAAGCUGAGCAUGCAGCAGCAAAGGCAGCCUUAAUGUCACUGUCAACCGAUGGCUUUAUUGAGGAGGACUUUGGCUUUUACAAGAAUGCCUUGCAGGAGUUAGCUCAGAGAGAAGAUCUAUCCAUGCCAGUAUAUAAAAUUAUAAAAUCUGGUGCACCUCACAUGCCGACAUUCUUUUCUUUUGUGGAAAUGGAAGGAGAGAAAUUUUAUGGUAAAGCAGGAAAAUCCAAGAAAGAGGCAGAGUUGAAAGCUGCAAAAGCUGCAUAUACUUUUCUGAUGGAGCGUGCAUUGAACAGGGCCGCAGAGUCAGAUUCCCCAAAUUUUGUACCAGAUGAAACUCUCAAGUCUACUCCUGGCUUAGACAUAACCAAAGCAGUCAAUUUGCAACAGCACCUCAAACAAAAUAGUCAACUUCGGACUUAUAAUUUUGGGAUCAUAUUGCUUCUAACAGAUGCAGUUCAAGAGGUAAAUUUCGCUGAUUCUAAAUCAACCAAUGCCAAAGUUGGGUCUGAGGAUUCAAUACUGUCACCUUCACCUGAAAAAUCAACCAUCGUUGAAGUGACUGGAAAUCAGGAAUCAUCUGAAUAUGUUCCUACCUCAUCCCCAGAAGGCCCAUCUUCCUCUACUUGGACACAUAACAGCAGUUGUGCUCCCACAAUUUCUGACUCAAAUGUGAGAAAGGCGACAAGACCAAGAAGCUACUUGCUUUGCAACAGGAUCAGGGUGUAUCCAUGCUAUCCAGACAUUGCUUUUCCCAAAGGCGUCACUGUGAUGCCAAUUAGUGACAGCCAAUGGGUGGCCGUGAGCUUGGAGUUCCCAAUGGAACAAGGUCAUUGA